GACCAAGGCGAUCCCCUGACAGCAUCACCGACAUGCCCCGCAAGGCAGAACUCUCUUAGCCGGUGUGGCUAGGCUGCUCAACGACAAUUUACAACCUUUUACAAGAUAUUCGACGGCUGCGUAGUUUUAGCCAUAAGGUUGCAAGGCUGGUGUGUGUCUGAACAUAAUCAGUCAUGGCAUCAGCAAAUGUAACACUGGAAAAUCAGCUGCACAGUGCGCAGAAAAACCUGCUCUUCCUCCAGCAGGACCAUGCCAACACGUUGAAGGGGCUACACGCAGAGAUCCGCAGAUUACAACAGCAAUGCACAGACCUGACAUAUGAGCUCACUGUGAGAAGCUCUGAUCCCUCAGACAGCAGUGAGGUCCGAUGCAAGGAGCUGCAAAGGAGAUGUGAGGAGCUGGAGGCCCAGCUGAAGAAGAAGGAGGAGGAGAACACAGAGCUGCUCAGGGACCUUGAGCAGAAGAACGCCAUGAUCUCCGUCCUGGAAAACACCAUUAAGGAGAGGGAGAAGAAAUACCUGGAGGAGCUCAAGAUGAAGAGCCACAAGCUGGCUGUUUUGUCCGGGGAGCUGGAGCAGAGAGCGAGCACUAUUGCUUACCUUACCUCACAGCUUCACGCUACCAAGAAGAAGCUGUUAGCCGGCAGUUCGUCUGAGGCCAGCCCCAACGUCAGUCCAGUCACCUCAUACAAGCCCACGCCUCCACCAUCCAAGGACAGGCAGCCUGAAACCCCACGGCGGCGCAUGAAGAAGAGUCUUUCCCAGCCUCUUCACCCAGAGUUGACAGAGGUGUAUCGGCUUGGCCCGGACGGUAGGCGGCUGGUUCUGCGGGAGACAGUAGACGCCAUGCCCGACCCCACACCCUUCUUGCAGGCUGGGAGAGAGUCUCCUGAACCACAGGUGAUGCGAGAACGGCCUGCCGUUAUCCCUCCUAUUGCCUCUGAGCGGUCCCCUGUCGGCCCCCUGGGUGCUACGGCCAGCCCUCGUCACAGCCCCGCCCGGGACCGUCAGUACAGGGCUCAUGUGGGCGUGGCGCACCGCAUCCCACAUGGCACCACUCCCCUGGCCCCACCGCAAGCAGAGCUGGAGACACUGGCAGUGGACCAGGUCAAUGAGGAGAAGGUUGUGCGGAAGCGCUCGGGAGCCGACAGGACAGUUUAACACUACAAUGCUAACAUUCACAGAAACGCACAUCUACUGUAUACACCCUACUACCCUACACUGCAAGAGCAGGAAGGAGCCUGACCCACUGUGUAGCCUGCUUUCUACGCAACACUGCGAAAUGAAAAAAAAUACUAAAUUAUCAUUUUGUUCAUGGUAUUCCAUUAAGACUUUUGUUUUUCUUAAUAUACAUUACAAAAGGACUACUAUAAAGCAUGCCAAAUGUUUCUUAUUUACAACCCAGUGAGAUCUUGUAUUAUACACAUCUUGACCUUUUGCUUCGACUUUCACUUCAUUCUGUCUCAUGUGGUGCAUACAACAAACUCUCAGCCAAAUAUCUGCAUCAGUGCCUGCUCGACCGGUUUAACCAUAUACAAGCUGUGUAGUGUAGUCAUGGCUAAUAGUUACCUUUACAUAUCUCUGUCUGCUCCAUCUUCUCAACAAUAGUCUGGACAUAUCAACAAACUAUAUAAGAUGUGUGCAGCUGCAUAGGGUAGAACUGGAAUUAUUAAACUUAAUACUCCCCCGAAUGUCUUUCAUCUUCUUCUGUAUCAGUAUAAUAACGUUACUGUAAGUACAAGCUGCAUAAUGUGCAAUUGAAAUUUGCUUGUGAAACGUGAAAGAGCUGUAACUUCACCUUUCUUUCGUUGACUGGCAAAAACAGCAGCGGUGCACAUGUAAAUGCAGUAUGAAAUGAUGGUGAACAAGGCGUAUAUAUGUGUGUGUGUGUGUGUGUGUGUGUGAGAGAGAGAGAGAGAGAGAGAGAGAGAGAGUGUGUGUUUCAGAGAGAGACAAUGAAGGCCUGUGAGAGAAUUAAGUUUUGGCUUAAACAAAAUCUACUGAUCUUAUUUGUGAUACAAGGGCAUUUUUGAAAACACUGCUGUAAUAGGAUUUUGUGAUAUUACUAACUGUACUUUAUAAAGGCUGUACAUUUGUAAUGAAUUCUUUUUUAAUUUAUUGUUCAAUAGAGAACACAAAAGCACCUCAGAUAUUGACAGUAGCCACUGCACCACCAACAUGACGGUAAUUAUAAUCACUUAAUAACCUGCUUUUCACAUUAAUAUCACUUGUCCUUGAAGUAUACGUAUAAAUCAAUACAAUAAAGCAAUGCUUUUUGGGUUUGGUUA